AUGGUGCCUCAGCAACAACGGAGAAGACGUCGCCGUGCGGCUCUGGCUCGGACAGCUGAGCGGCGUGUUGUUGUGGCGCGAGGAGCUGGAGGCUUCGGCUUUACGAUAGCGGGGCAGCGACCCUGCGUGGUAUCAGCUGUGGCUGCUGGCGGGCCGGCAGAGCGCGCUGGUCUACGCGCAGGGGAUGCGUUGUUGGCUGUUGAUGGGGCUAGUGUGGCUAGAGCUCCACACGCUUCCGUGGCUCGUAUGGUGGCUGCUGCACCAGGAGCGAUAGCUCUGUCAGUGUCUCCUCGUGAGGCACCACCUACUGACACUGAGGAUACAGAGCCAGACGAGCGAGCGAGGACUAGGAGGCGACAUCCUCCGCCUCGUCGUCGCCCUCAAGCUAUGCUGCACCACCCUGGAUGUCACGCAGCACCCAGUACAUCAGGCGUUAACGAAAUACUUCAGAACUUGAGCAGGGCCCAGCUGACUCCCAACCAUGCAGCCAGGCUCGAGUGUCGUGCCGUCGUCGGCUACCUGGGCACCAUAGAAACUCCUCAAGCUGCACCAAAUGCUGCCCCUGGGAAUGUACGAACAGCAGUUAGAAAACUUCGACAAGAGAGGCGUCCUGCUACUCCUGUACUAUUGUCAGUUCUUCCAAACUCCUUAGUUCUUCGUCGCCCGACGGGCCAAGUGUUAGCACAAUAUCAACGUGAAAGAAUUGUAUACGCGGGCUGUGGUUCCGAUGCUGAUAGAAGGUACUUCGGCCUGGUAACGUCAGCUGAAACUGCAGAGGCCGAAGCCUCGCACAGCUGUCACGUGUUUGCAGUAGAUCCCAGAAUGGCAGAGCACGAGGCACAUAUGGCCAGAGCUAGAGAAUUCCAAAUCGUAUGCACCAGGGACCCAGUAGCUGAAAGAUGUCUGGAAUUUCCACCUUCGGCAGAGUACGUUAUUGGUGUGAUUAGAGGAAUGUACUCUUUGCCAGCAGAGGACUGCUCGAGUCCCAAUUUGGCGCAAAUCUCCAAACUUACGAUAAAAGGAGAUAGCCCUGCGCUUGGCAACUUUUCAAGGUGUAACAGACCAGUGUUCCGCGUACCUCGAGACAGACGGCCGCCGUGCAGACACGAGGAGAGAGUCGAGGCUCAGGACUUUGUAGCAAACUCUCCUCAGCCGAGCAACCACAGCGAAGUGACUACCACAUCGAGUAACAGCGACUCUGGUAUCGGUUUCCACAACGACUGUCGGAACAUUGCCGACAGAAUUUUGGUCGUUGAUUUCGCUGGACAGCAACCGGCACCAAACAGAUUUCGGCAAGACAUGCCCCGACGGCCAAUGGGGCUGGUCGGCUGCAGUAGUUUCGAAGCUGAUGGGUCGUUCCUAUCAAACACGACCCCUGUUGUAGAUGGUUUUGGAGGUCAAGGGAGACCUUUAAACCUGGACGAUGUUAUCCUCAACGCAAAUGACCUUCAAACCGUUCGUCACGUGAGUCCCCGGAACGAAGACGAUAACUAUAACUAUAACAAUCUAUAUGGCAAUAUCCCUUCCAGUUCUCGAGGAAACCCAGGCUAUGCGAACGGAGCAGUUUAUGAUCAAGUAUACACUGAGACGGAAGGUCACCACUACGAGUUCAUACCGCCACAAUUAGAUAUGGACUUGGAAAUAGAUAGAGUGGCAGAAACAUUCAAUUCAGUGGAGAUUUAUGAAGAGAGGCCUCGACAGCCUCCAGAGUGGCAGUCGGCGGAGUCAGUGGAGAAUGAGACGGUGGUAUCUGGCGAGACAAGUAAGGCUAGUAUGGACACUGUCUCCAUGUACUCCUCCAGAUCUCACGAGGAAGCCAGGCCAUCUCGCAGAAGGCACAUGCAAGCGUCCCUUGAUGAUAUGCUGGUGUUGGGACUAAGAGAUCCACCUCCUGUGAGAGACAAGGAUGAUGAUAAUUUCGUACAUCCUGCUAGUGUCAAAUUCAAGGUACGCAAAUCAAUGAAGCCAUUAAACAUAAUAUCGAAGACGAAGAACAUUUUAUCGGGCAAGGAUCGGGAACGGGAGAAGGAGGAGCGGCGACGGGCGCUGAGCGCUAGUGCGGGCGACGUUUGUGGAGCUAGUCGACAGCCUGACGUACUGCCUGCUGCUAACAGCGAGCCAGAUUUGAGGGGACAGCUGAGGUUGUGGGUAAUAACAUACCGCGGUUCAGGUCUGGAGCAGGAGAAGGAACGGGGUGUUUUUUAG